CAUUAAAUGCAUUCAAUCCAAUUAUACUUUUAAUGUCGAUGUUUUCAUUUUCAUUUUGUUCUUUAAUAAUAAAUAAGAAAUCAGAGGAAAACUACAUUAGAACCGAGCUCUUUUUUUUUAGAUAAGGCCAAAUUCACUUGCAUAGCCAAAACUUUGACGGUUGUGACAAAUAUAGCCAAUUUUGGAGAAAUACCAGAAAUAGCCAGAUUUUUGAAAGUUCGAUGACAAAUAUAGCCAUUUCCGUUACAUAGUUUGACGGCGUCAAUGACACCGUUAGUAUAAUUAACGGACAGUUGAUGUGGCUGCCACCUCACCGUGUCUUUCCUUCCCACCUCAGCAUCCAUUGACAGGUGGGAUGCCACGUCAUUUUUAAUGGGUAAAAAAAAUUACCAUAAAACAAUUAAUAAAUAAAACAAUAAAUAAAUCACUACCUAAUCACCACCAUCACUACGACACAUCUCCCUGCCGCCGCGAUCCCGUCAUCAUCUUCAUCCUACCCAGAAGCCAAUUUCAAAACCUACACACUUCUUCUCUCUAUUCCUCGCCCAAUCCAUUUCCAUUUCCAUCGGACGAGUGGUGAAGAUGAUGGACAAGGAGAUGAACCGGAGCGGCGUUGAAUUUGAUGGCGGCGAUAGGUUUACCCGGGGAGGAUGAUGCCCUCGGAAUCGGAGAGGCGGGCAAGAGUUUCAAGAUCUGGAAGAAUCUCCAACAGGAGUUACAGCGGCAGUUGGAGCGCCUCUUCUUCUUCUGCCGAAGCGGCAACUCGAAAUCAGAUGAGAAGAAGAGUGCGAGCAAGUUCAAGAUCUACAUUGCCAUGGAGCUCGUCCGAGGCGGCGAGCUCUUCUCCAAGUUCGCCAGAGGCCGGCUGAGGGAAGACGACGCUAGGGUUUACUUCCAGCAAUUGAUCUCCGCCAUCGAUUUCUGCCACAGCCGCGGCGUCUACCACCUAGAUCUGAACCCAGAGAACCUCCUCCUCCUCCCCUUUCAAGACGACAAUCUGGUCGCCAUGUAUAGAAAAAUCUACAGGGGAGACUUCAAAUGUCCUCCGUGGUUUUCCUCCAAGUCCCGCCGCCUCGUCACCAAGCUCCUCGACCCCAAUCCGGCGAGCCGAAUCACCAUCUCGAAGGUCAUGGAGUCGUCCUGGUUCAGAAAAUCCAUCCCCAAAACCGUACGCAGCAAUGAGGAGAUCGAAUUCGACGCGUUCAAUUGCGAAGAAGACGAAGCGAAAUCGGAGAAUUCGAAGGAGACCCUGAACGCGUUCCACAUCAUUUCUCUGUCUGAAGGGUUCGAUCUCUCGCCGCUGUUCGAGGAGAAGAAGAGGAUGGAGAAGGAAGAGCUGAGAUUCGCCACGACUCGACCGGCGAGCAGCCUGAUUUCUCUCCAUCACCAACACCGCCUGUUCACCUCCCCUUCGUCUCGCUCUUCUUCACGCUGAAUUCGAGUUUGGCCCUGCUCCGGCUCCAGCAGUGAUGCGACGGCAGAUAGGGAUUUUGAGGGAGAAGAGCAGCUGCUUUGGAGAAGGGUGUGAUAUUUUGGGGAAGAUGAGUUCCAGAAGAAAGAUGAUGAAAAUUUUUGUGGAAAAUUUUUUUUCUUUCCUUUUGUUGCCAACGAGAGAAAGGGAAAGUGAGGUGUGGAAGGACAAAAAAUCAUUUAAUUAAUUUUAUUUUUUAUUUUCACUAAUUAAUUUCUGAUGUGUAAUCAUUUAAUUAAUUUUUUUAUGUAUUUUUUUUGGUAAUUUUGUUUUAUUUAAGCUCAUUAAAAUAAAAAGGUAAAAUUAUG